GUGGGCAGGAACUGUGUCGGUUUCUGAAGAAGCCGAGAGAGAGAGAAAGAGAAAGAGAGAGAGAGGGAGCGAACUGUGUCUGGGUCAGCUCGGUCUGUCAUCUCAGACAGUCAGAGAAAGCGCGAGAGAGACAGACGGCACGCAGGCAGCAGGAUACAGGAGGUAUGUCAGAGGAUGUGGUUUCCCUGAGCUUGCAGAACACUGCACAGACAUACUUUGAGCAUGACCUAACGGCAGCACGCAAAGUGUGUUUUCUGCGCUCCGCUAGCUGCCUGCCGCAGGAGGACUGAGCCGCUCGGGAGACACUCGCUUCUUGUUACUACUGUACCGUCACAUCCAACGGGAAACGUACCGCCAGGACGGUGGAUCGCUGACUCAAACUUGCAGCGUCCGCGAGUCAACACCUCCACAACAGGCUUAAGUGCGCACUCGUUCGGCAGAAAUGGGCUGCGGGUUGAGGAAGUUCCGUCAGACGGAAGACAACAGCCCGGGAAAGAUUUAUUCCACCCUCAAGAGGCCGCAGGUGGAGACCAAGAUCGGGUUCACCUACACGUACCACCACGUGGACUUCCUGGUGGGGAAAGACGAUGGGACGUCCACGCUGUGCCUGUCCUCGGUGAGGGAGCUGCCGUCUCAGCUGCAGGAUCUGUACCAGCAGGGUUUCAUUCUAACAGCUGUGCACCCUUUCGUCCACCCGUGCGGCCCUGAACCCGCCAGUGUCCAGCGCCAGCUCUACCGGGCAGUGCUCAUCAAAGUCUCUGACAGCUGGGAGAAGAAUCCAGCAGACUUUGAGCCGUACCAUCUCAAACUGGAGGAAUGCAUGUCUGCGGACCAGAUUCCCACCACGGAGCACAUCCAAGGCUACGUGAAGAAACAGAUCCAGGAUGCUGCGGAUCAGGGCAUCAUGUUUGUGGGCUUCAUCCAGGAGCCAGCUGGCCUACGCCCACACGUGCUACGGCACGGAGAACCAGAGGAACCCUCCCUCUCCCUGCACUCCAGCCCCAGCUCGCUGCACGGCUCCGGGCUGACGCCCAGCCCCAGUCCCCUGGAGGAGCCGGAGCUGGGAGACGAGUCCGGAGCGGAGAACGAAGGGAGAAACGGGGGAGGUGAGGCUCUGAGAGAGGACGUGAAAUCUUCUGAAGGUGGAGACGGAGGAGAUGAUCUCUCUGUUGAGAAAUCAGGAUCUGGUGAAACACAGCAAGGAGAUACACUGACACAAAACAACAACGACACGGCCAAACUCACAGACACAACCGAGAAACCCAGCAGGUUGGCCCUGACUAAGAGUGGAGCCGAGCUCUUUGGGUUGUUUAACUACCCGGGCCGGCGUGAGGGUCAGCUGAAGUACUACACCGUUAAAGUGCCUCUGCGAGUGCAGCCACAGGGCGAGGGCAUCUGCACUAUGGAGGCCAACUGGCUCGAUCACAUGACUCAACACUUCAACAACGGAGCCUCACUAGUGGACGGAUACUUUCAGCUGGCCAAUGACAACGAUGUUCUUGUCAAGGCUGUGGACAGCGUGUUUGUGUUCCAGGAGGGAGUGGAGAGCGACACCAAUGCGGCUGCUGCGUACGACGCUAUAGUUGUGGAACAAUGGACAAUCGUUGACGGUUUACAGGUGAAGACAGACUAUAUUCCCCUGCUGCAGUCGCUAGCUUCAUUUGGAUGGAGACUCACUUGUGUGCUGCCUACACCCAUCAUCAAGACGAACAGUGAUGGAAGUUUGGCCACCAAGCAGAUCGUUUUCCUCCAAAGACCAGUGUUGCCUCGCAAGAAGAAGGAAUCCAAGAAAGUCAUCUUUAAAGCACGAAACAAGUCCAACAAGAACUCAGUCAAAGACGCGCCAAAGAACAAGAAGAAGAAAGACUCCACGCCCACCGCAGAGAAGGAGAUAAGUGAUCAAAAGCCCUGUGAUGGAGCCGAGAAGAGCGCUGAAGAGACAAACACAAGCGUGAAUGAACGACGGGAGGAAAACCAGAAUAAUGAGGCUGAUGCUGAAGUGCAGAGUGAACAGAAAGAGGACAGAGAGGAAGGGAACGAGACAGAGGAAGGGACGGUGGGAGCAGGCAGGGAAAAACAAGAAGCGGUGGGUGGAAAUGCUAAGGAUGAGGUAGAUGUUAAAGAGGAAGAGCGUAGUGUGAAAACAGAAGCUGAAAUGGGGUCGUGUCAAGACAAGGCCUCGUCUACGGCACAGGACGAUGAGGUGAACAAACCGGAAGACGACUCAGCCAAUCAGGAUUGAGGACGUGCUCACACCCACCGGGCCAAAGGAAGCGGACCUUCAUGAAUGUUCAAAAUGCUAUCUUGCAAAAAAAAAAAAAAAAAAUCACUUUGCUAAUCGAUAUCUUGUCUUGUUUUCCAGUAUCUAAACAUCCUUAAAACAAGUUAAAUUCUUGUUUUUUUGAUCUUUAGAUAUUCAAGACAAAACUACUGGUUGAUGUCGCGUAGCUUACGGUCACACAAACACCUCACCUGACAUUUCCACCUCUUGUAACCAAUACUGAACGUUUUACUCACCGCUGGUAAGCGGACGAUAACAUCCCUUCCCCAUUGAUAUCUUUAAAUGAGCCGAAAGGACUCUGGUAUCCAGGAAGAGGGAGGAGAGAUGGGAAGAUUGUUAUCAGUAAAUGCACUGGAUGGGAAAACCACAUUAAUAUUUACUCAAUGAGCCCAAAGGGCCGAGACAGACUCGAAGACGGCAACUCAGACGCGUUCCAAGGAGAAGGUUACUGUUGCGAGAAGCAAUCUAUUGUGAUGUAAGGUGCAUAUGUUUGUGUAUGUUUUUGUUUACGUUUUUAUGAAUAUUUCAUGUCACCGUCCAAACAAAAAAUUGAGAGAAGAUAGAGAAACAUACUGGGAAUAUUUCUAUUAAGUUUGUUGUGCAGUAGAGGCAACUUUUUGUUGGUUUGGUUGUUAGCAUUCAGAGCAUAUCCACCACUGGUUUAAAGGAAGAACUCACACAGAAAUGAAAAUUCUGUCAUCAUUUACUCACCCUCAUGUUGUUUCAAAUAUGUAUGACUUUAUUCCAUGAGAAUGAAGACUCGGGCUGUUGUAUGGAAGUCCAUUUCUGCCACAUAAAAAAAUGCAUUAGUAAAAUAUAAUUAUUACAUAAAAAGCACAAUUAUGACACAUUGAGGGGUAGAAUUUGACAUAAAAAACUGACACAUAAAAGAGAUAAAUAGUAGAAAUUAACAUACAUCAACAUUAAGAUAAAAAGUCAUAAUUAUGACGUCAAAAGUCCAUUUACAUAUCUCAUAAGUAUGAUAUUUUAUGUGUUUUUUUUAUUUUGAUUUACCAAAGUAUGAUUUAUUUUUCUCAUGUGGUAGAUGCAUAUAAUUAUGACUUUUUAAUUUCAAUUAGCAUUUUAGAGUUAUGACUUAGUAUGUCAUAAUUUUGACUUUUAAUGUCACAAUUGACUUUUUAAUCACAAUUCUGAUUCAGUAAGUCAUAAUUUCAGUGUUUUAAGCCAUGCACUACCAGUCAAACGUUUUGGAACAGUAAGAUUUUUUUAUGUUUUUUUAAAAAAAGUCUGCAUUUAUUUGAUCCAAAGUACAGCAAAAACAGCAAAAAAUGUCAAAUAUUUUUAAUAUUUAAAACAACUGUUUUCUAUUGAAUAUAUUUUAAAAUGUAAUUUAUUCCAGUGAUUUCAAAGCUGAAAAAUAGUUAUAUAAACUUCAAGCUUUUGAAUGGUACAGUGUAUUUAAGAUAAAUGCUGAUUUUUGGAUUUUUCAAAGAAUCCUGAAAAAAAUGUGCUCAAGAAUUUUAAAUAUUAAUAAUAUAUAAAUAAAAAUAAUUUAUUGAUAAAAAUGUUUCUUGAACAUCAAAUCAGCAUAUUAGAAUGAUUUCUGAAGGAUCAUGUGAAGAGUAAUGAUGCUGAAAAUUUAAAUUACAUUUUAAAAUAUAUUCAAACAGAAAGCAGUUAUUUUUUAAAUAGUAAAAUAUUUCACAAUAUUACUGUUUUUGCUGUAUUCUGGAUCAAAUAAAUCCAGGCUUGGUGAGCAGAAGAGACUUUUUUAAAAAACAUUAAAAAUCUUACUGUUCAAAAACUUUUGACUGGUAAAGUGUAAUAAUUAUUAUUUACCAAAGCAUUCUUUUUAUCUUCAAAUGGCAAAAAUGGGCUUUUAUACUUUUGAGCUCCAUGGAAGCAUCAGAAAAUUAGUCCAUUAAAUUAAAAAUAUAACAUUUUACCUAAUAUUUGUGGGCAUAGUAUAUAUUUAUGCUUAUUAGAAUAUUAUUUUGUUAGCUUAGCCACAAGCUAAAUGAACUAAUUAUCCACUGAACGUGCAAAAAAACGUAAUUAAAUGAUGACAGAAUUAGCAUUUAUAGGCCGAAUUAUCACAUUUAAAAGAGGCAGAUGGCAUAAUAAGUGUCUGUUUGGGCUUCAGUUUAGUUUACAUGGAGACAAUCUGCUCUAGCUCUAAUUCAGACAUUUUCAACAUUGCUCUCAGAGGCAAUAAAGCAUCACAAGUAAUUUUGUUUGAGAAAGCCAACAACAGAAAGACAAGUGAACCUUUCCCUGUUUUAAUUAGCAGACGACUAAGGGGUCGUUCACACAGGACCUUUUUCUUGUGUUAAAAACAGCAGAGUGCAACAGAAGGUGCGUUUAUAUGCACAUUAACUCCAAGACAUUUGCUAAUGUUCACCACAAGAUGUUCAUUCUGCCCCCGAUUCAUCUGAUGACUGUGCUUUAAAACUGACAGCGAUUUGAUUUGUAACUAAUAAGUCAACGUGAAAUCAAAAUCAACCCUAUUUUGAUUCAAAUGAAAGAAAUAAACUAAAAAACAUGGCACUGAUGCACACAUAUAUGCAUACUGCACAGACCAAAAUGGAACAAGACAUUUUUGUAGAAUAUUUCACUGCACAGAAUUCAUAAAGAUACUGACAGGUUUUAUUAUGAAAAUUGCAUUUUUUGAGGCGGACGUAAUAUGAGAGUGAAACUUCACGGUGUUAUUACACAGGCCGCCAUCACCAGUUUUCAAUUUGCAUAAGAAAAUAAAUGGAUACGUGGAUAAUCCGUAACAGAAUGUUGUGAUGGGAUAGAGGGGUUAUUUCAUGACAAUGACAUUAUUACCCUGAUCAUCUGGGACGUUUCAGAUUUAAAGUGAACAACAGAAAAUGAGGAUAAUGUGGUUACGGGUUCACGCGGUUCUCCGGCUUUUAUUAAUGAAGCCAAUGUCUUGUAUUUUAGAAAUCAGAUCCCUUAAUCCAGCAGAAUCGCAAGACUAUGAUUUCAGAUAGACAUUAUUAUCCUUGGUUUUUCAUAGAAAUGAAAAAAGAACUAAGUAUGUGUUAAAAAAUAUCUAUAUAUAAUUCGACAUAUUACUUUACAAUAAAACAACAACUGGGUAACAUGUCAUGCUUCUAUGUAAGAAUAGGCCAAAAAUCAAUUAGAGACUUAAAAGUGCAUUCAGUAUAUACCUUAUUCUUCAACAUGGAAGUAAGCCUAUGGGCAAGACUUCCGGUUCAUUAGCCGCUAUAGGGAAAUAAUGAGAAGAAUAACAACAUGCAGUAAACAAUAAAAAUGUUUGCACUACAAACCAGUGUGUUCAUAAUAAAGAUAAUACAUUAAAAUAAUAUGGUAAGACACACCAAUUUGCAAUAUCAAGCAGCAAAAUUAGCUGUUUGUACCAUAAGAUGGCCACAAAGGAAAUCCCAGUCUUACGGAAAAUAUAAGGUAGAUAGCAUAAUGAUAAAUGUUACUUUUAAACCAAGCAGCUUGGUCAAGACAGAACCUGCAAAAACCUUGAACCUUGAAAUCUGCAUGGGGAAAUCUUAAAGCCCUCACACUAAAUUCCUGAACGCACUGAAUCCUGUCAAAAAUACUGGCUUUCGCCAGUGAAAAUUGGCCGAAUAAUGGUAAAGGUGAACGCACUUGAUGCUUAAAACGUCUUAAUGUUAUUGCAUUAGUUAAAAUAUCAAACUAAGUGACAUUUAUUUUAAAAGAAAGAGCCCAGAUAACAGGGAGUGUUUUGGCAAGGUUCUCUCAAAGUUAUGAACAAACAUUAUUCCAGAAACAUUAACAGACCAUUUGUUCCCAGUUAUCUGGUGUUUAAGAAUGUUCUCUAAAAGGAAGCACAAAACAUUAUACAUUGUUUAUGAAUCUUUUUUCCUGAAAUGUUUUAGUUGGACAUUCUUUAAAUUUUUAAAUGUUACUGUUUGUUUCAUAAUGUUUAAAGAACAUUCAAAAGUAACAUUCCUAUGAUGUUUGCAAAGUUCUAAAAUGGAACAUUCUUUAACAUUCACAUAUUCAAAAUGUUUUUAAAACCUUUCAAAAAUUGGAUGUUUAGAACAUUCAUAAGAAAUGUAGAAAAAUGUUCUUAGGACAUACAGUUGAAGCCAAAAGUUUACAUACACUUUGCAGAAUCUGCAAAAUGUAAAUUAUUUUACCAAAAUAAGAGGGAUCAUACAAAAUGCAUGCUAUUUUUUAUUUAGUACUGACCUGAAUAAGAUAUUUCACAUAAAAUACAUUUACAUAUAGUCCACAAGAGAAAAUAAUAGUUGAAUUUAUAAAAAUGACCCCCGUUCAAAAGUUUACAUACCUUUGAUUCUUACUGUGGUGUGUUGUUUUUUUUUUGUUUAGUGAUAGUUGUUCAUGAGUCCCUUGUUUGUCCUGAACAGUUAAACUGCCUGCUGUUAAAAAUCCUUCAAGUCCCACAAAUCCUUUGGAUUUUCAGCAUCUUUGUGUAUUUGAACUCUUUCCAACAAUGACUGUAUGAAUUUGAGAUCCAUCUUUUCACACCAAAGACAACUGAGGGACUCAUAUGCAACUACUACAGAAGGUUCAAACACUCACUGAUGCUCCAGAAGGAAAUAACAUGCAUCAAGAGCUGGGGGUGCAAACUUUUCAACAGAAUGAAGAUGUGUACAUUUUUCCUACAGUAUUUUGCUUAAAUGUCAUAUUUUGGUUAAUUGAUACUGCCCUUCAAAAGCUACAGAAGAGGCUUACUUGUUUCCCAGAAGACUAAAUAAGUUAAAUUUACCCUAAUCUUCAAGUUAAAAACGUUUUCACCGCUCUUAAUGCAGUGAAGUGUUUCCUUCUGGAGCAUCAGUAAGUGUUCAAAUACACAAAAAUGCUGAAAAACCAAAAAUUUGUGGGACCUUAAAGGAUUUUUUCUAAAGAACAGCAGAAAGUUUAACUGUUCAGGACAAACAAGACUCAUGAACAACUAUCAGUAAACAAAAAAACACAGCUGUGGAUCAUUCAGGUAACAACAGUAUUAAAAAUAAAGCAUAUGCAAACUUUUGAACAGUGUCAUUUUUAUAAAUUCAACUAUUAUUUUCUCUUAUGGACUAUAUGUAAAUGUCUUUUAUGAGCAAUAACAUACAUUAUAAAAAAAUAACAUACAUUUUGUACGAUCCCUCUUAUUUUGGUAAAAUAAUUAACAUUUUGCAGAUUCUGCAAGGUGCAUGUAAACUUUUUUACAAGCAUUUUUGAAGUGUUUGAAAUCAUAAAACAAUAAUUAAAAAAAAACACUUUCAAAUGUUAGUGAAACAAAUCCAUCAUGUGCAUUAAAGUGUGUUUACAUUUACCAUUGCUUGGCAAAAUUUCACAAGUGAAACCCUGUCUUUCCAGUAGGAAUCUGCAUGAUCAGGAGUUGCGCAUGAAAGCAAACUGUUACAUUUAUUCAAGUUGGUCAUGCGACUUUGCAUGCAUUGCAUUUUACAUGCAAAAUUUCUCAAAUGUGACCGAAAGAAAGUAAAAAUCUCAUUUUGAUUUCAUGUUGACGUUUGUCUGACUCUAUUCCUCACCUGUUCUGCAAAUGUAUUUCCAUUAAGUCAGCAUUGUUGUGUUGGCGUCUGGCCGCAUUUGUAAUCUGGGUUCGCAGUGUCAGGGUUUUUCCAAUAUGUGGUCUUGAGGGACGGCGUGUGUGCGGUUCUGCGGGGGUCUGCAUUAGCUCUAAUGGCCGGAGGGGUCACGUUUAAAAUCAUAAUGGCUUUUCCGCUCCCCCUCCUGCUGGGACAAACGUCUGAAUCACUCGGCCUCAUCAGAAAAGGACGUCAGCCUCCCAACUCCCUAAUAAAAGAUGCCGUUUUCAAUCUGUCCUCUACUUCAAUCUGUUUCUACGCUUUAAAGAAAUUCAUUUCGCAUUUCCCUCUUACACGACGACGGCUCUCGUUCUUUCUUUCUGAACGGUUUCUGACACGUUGUCAUUAUAAUUGUGCUUUGUCACAGUGCUGUUGUUAGACUGUAGCUGGAGGGGAAAGGCCUUGUUUAUUGUUUUAAUACUGGGGAAAGACAGAGCCGCUCUGACGAUUCAACCAGAGAUGAAAAGACAUUCUGAUCACCCUAUUUUCAGUUUAACAUGUUCAAUCUCAGAUUACACGCAGACGUCUUUUUCGAGCAUUGCUUGUUGCUUAUCACAGGUGGAAGAAAGAAUGUGUUAAACAGAGCUGAGAGUUCAACAAAAACAUUCAAAUUACCCAAAAUACAAUGUGUAGAAGUUAGUGAAUGACGGGCGUCCCGAUUCCUGCGGACAUCUGUAGGCGCUGAUUGUGUGUGGGCCUGCUUAUCACUGGCAGAUAGCAAUUAUGUUACAGUAUGUGUUAGUAUGCAUAUUGCCCUACUGUCAGCAUCUGCUCUGAUAAGCUUGGCUUAUCUAGAUUGAGUUUCUCGACUGUGUUCGGAACAGAAUACUACUGUACUGUGUAUUGCACAGUAUGUGCUGUAUGCCAUCUACUGUUUUAAUGUGAACGGCAUAAAAUAAUGCUGUAAGCCAGAAGCGUUGAUCCUGACCUUAACUAAAGCAAAAUCACUGGCCUUUAGUGACUUUCUGCUUUUAAAUAAGCAAAAAUGUUAUGCUUUUUAGAUUUUUUGUCUUGUUUCCAACCAAAAUAUCCAAGGAUUUUCUAGACAAGUAAAAAUGAUUGUCCUGUUUUUAGAAAAAAACAAGUUAAAACUAAGUGAGUCUUUGCUUAAAACAAGCAAAAUAAUCUGCCAAUGGGGUAAGCAGAAUAAUCUCGUUUUCUCUUUGAAAUAAGAUUAUUUUACUUGUUCUAAGAUUUGAAACUUGUUUUUUUCUGAACAAUAAUUUCUACUUGUCUAGAAAAUCCUUCUUGGUUUAAUCAUUUUUAGAUAUUUUGGCUGGAAACAAGACAAAAAAAAAAAACAUUUUUGCAGUGAAAAUCAGUAUUAGGUAACAUUUAGCAAUAUUAAUUAUUGCAAAUACAGAUUUAUGAGCGCAUUGCAUGGUGGGAUAUGCACUGUGUACACUACUGUUCAAAAGUUUAGGGUCAGUAAGAUUUAAAAGAAAAAAAAGACAUCAAAUUAAUCAAAAGCGACAGUUAAGACUUUUAUAAUGUUAUAAAAGAUUUCUAUUUUAAAAAAUGCUGUUAAUUUGAACUAUUUAUGAAAGAAUUCUAAAAAAUGAAAUGGAUUUCCAUGAAUAUAAGUGACCCUGGUCCACAAAAUCAGUCUUAAGGGUCAAUUUUUCAAAAUUGAGAUUUAUACAUCAUCUAAAAGCUGAAUACAUAAGUUUUCCAUUGAUGGUUUGAUAGGACAAUAUUUGGCUGAGAUACAACUAUUUAAAAAUCUACAAUCUGAGGGUGCAAAAAAAUCAAAAUAUUGAGAAAACUGCCUUUAAAGUUGUCCAAAUGAAGUUCUUCGCAAUGCAUAUUACUAAUCAAAAAUUAAGUUUUGAUAUAUUUACGGUAGGAAAUUUACAAAAUAUCUUCAUGGAACAUGAUCUUUACUUCAUAUCCUAAUGAUUUUUGGCAUAAAAGAAAAAUUGAUAAUUUUGACCCAUACAAUGUAUUUUUGGCUACUGCUACAAAAUGCUACUUAAGACUGGUUUUGUGGUCCAGGGUCACAUAUUACACAGCACAACUGGUUUUAUCACUGAUAAUAACAAGCAUAUUAGAAUGAUUUCUGAAGGAUCAUGUGACACUGAAGACUGGAGAAAUGAUGCUGAAAAUUCAACUUUGCAUCAUAUUAAAAUAUAUUCAAAUAAGAAACAGUUCUUUUAAACUGUACAAAUAUUUCACAAUAUUACUGUUUGUACUGUAUAAAAAAAAACAGGAUUUAAAAAUCUUACCGACCUCAAACUUUUGAACAGUAGUGUAAAUAUCAGUCUAUAUGCACAUGGAUCUAUACAAUUAUGCAAAAAUAGUACUAUAAUAGUAUGCUUUUUCAAACACAGCCUUUGUUCUUAACUCAAACCCUGUUGAACAAAUACACACAGCAGCUAUAUACAUUUCUUAAAGACUUUGAAGGUUAACUUAUUUCUGUGUAGACACACUUUACAUGGUUUAACCAGCUGGCAGUGAUGAAUGGUUAGUGCGUGAAAAAUAACAUGUGAUCUUUACCGCUCACCGUUCACCAAGUAGAUACGAAUGCACACGAUAGCAGGCAUGACGACAGCAAGUUUAUGGAUGCCAAGUCCGGUCUGGGCCCGCAGGGUCCGUGGGAUGGCGAGGCCACGUCAAACGAGCUGUUAGGGAAAAACAAGGAUGUGGAAGAGAGUGAGACAGGAUCGGCAAAAUGAUGCUGAGUAAUAUUUUCCCUCCGCUCUAUAGUAUUGACAGGGUGACCCGUGACUCAAACAGCGGCUGACCUUGUCCGCUACAGCUUUUUUUCGUGUUAUAUGCUAAGAAAUGUGCCAGUUCAUCAGUUAUAUAAUGGAUUUUAACGUAUCCUGCAGUGGCAGGGGAGGAUCAUCGUAGCUACUAAUGCACAUUUAAGCACGUGCACCUCAUUUUGUGGUCCAUUUCCUGUCCAUUUUCUUGCUUUUCAGAAGAGAAAAGAGUCAAACAUGCUGCAUUUCUCCUUUUAACCACCCGGCCGGCUUGUAUAUCUCAAAGGAUUUCGCCAUUUCUGCCUCCAGGUCGCUUCUUUGAUUGUCAGCCACUGUUGUGCCAUUGUGAACAUUGAUCAAUGUUUUUCAUUGUUUGUAAGGACAAGCAACAUGAUAAUGUCAUCUGUACAAUUUGUAUGAUAUAAUAAAUAUGAUUUAUAUUUGA